AUGGAGGCACAAGUCUCCUUAGACUCUGAGCGGCAGCUUCAUGGAAACAGUUCAAUUCAGGAUGAAGAUCCUGUUGUAGCAUCAUCUACCCCAGAUCGUGUUGAACCACGGCAGCCUGAGAAAAGACCAACCCGGCAAUGGGCUGCUUGGACGCGUCAAGAAGAGGAAAGUUUCUUCACUGCAUUACGACAAGUUGGCAAGAACUUUGAGAAAAUUACUCGCCAUGUUCAAAGUAAAAACAAGGAUCAGGUCAGGCAUUAUUACUAUCGUCUUGUGAGGCGUAUGAACAAAUUGCUGGGUCCAGGAUUGUGCCUAGAUGCAAAAAACUCUAAAGAUACAAAUGCUGCAAUGCUCCGAUGGUGGUCUUUGUUGGAAAAGUAUAGUUGCAAAGCCUCAAAGCUUCAUCUAAAACCGCGAAGGUUUAAGAUAUUUAUCGAAGCUCUGGAGAACCAACUCUUGAAAGAUCGAAGGAAGAAUGUAAAGAAAAGGUCUUCACAGGGGGAAAAUGGUUCUCCAACAACUCCUAGUAUUAUCACGAAUCAGAAUAGAGCAUCAGGGCAUGAUACUCGAACUGUUAAACUUGUCCUUGUUGAUAGUCAAAACAUACAAAAAUUAGGUAGUGGAAAAGGAUCAUUGAAGCGCAAUGUUAAUAUGGGGGUUAUCCGCAACAACAAUAAAGGAGACUCACCUGCAAUGAAACCGGCAAGGCAAAGGCGGAAACCAGUCUCAUCAGCUGCAUAUAAAAAAUGGGAAAAAGCUGCAAUUGCUGGGGUUUCUUUGGUUGCUGAUGCUGCUGAGCAUUUGGAACGGACAGCCACUGAUAAAGAGGUUGAACAUGAUCAAGGUGAAAAGGGUCUUGAUUCUGUUGAAAAUGUUCUGCCCCAUUUGCCUGCUUCUUCACUUCAUUAUGUGGAGAGCAAUGCACACACUAAUAUGAAGCUUAAGCUCCAGUUGUUCCCGAUUGAUGAUGGUACUCGCAGAGCCUUAGAAAUGGAUAAGCAUAAUCCACACCUGGAACUCACGCUUAGUACUCGGAAAAAGAUUUCAUCAGUACUGGAACAUCUAAAUCGGAAAUGGGGCAAUUCUACUAUUGCGUUUGGAGAGCUAAUGCUUUUCCCUUAUGGUGUUAAUAGAGAUAACCUCUUGGGUUAUCAGAGAUGGACACAGGACUCACUUGUCAGUGCAGCCGAUGUAUACUUGUCAAUUGGCAGCCCUUCAGUGUUCCGCUUGAGGUAUGGCUGGUUUUCCAAUGCCAACUUUGCGUCUGUAACAUUGCAAGCACCUUCAACAUAUAACUGCCUUCCAGAUGGAGAUAAUGAGAAAGGGAAGACUAUGGAGACUGUAUCCACAUCUGAGCCAUCAACCAGUGAUCAGUUUGUUGAGGAUCCCUGUAGGGAUCGCCCAACUUCAAUGAACAAUAAUCAUCCUUCUACACCUCAUUCUGCUGGAGUGACCAAUGAGAAAAAUGAGUUCAUUGCCACAAGACCCAGAAAUAGUCUUGUUAAGUCCCUUGAUCCUGCAGCAAACAUAUCAUGUCAGAGAAAGGAGACCGAUGACAGGAGUAACACACAACAAUUGGAAGAUGUGGAUGGCUUGAGAUUGAGCAAUGUAAAUGUGCUGUCUGCUGGAGAGUGGGCUGAUAGUCUUACCAAUGUUAGCAUUGGAGAUCUACUAUCAGAAUUGCCUCAUGAACCAAAUCUCAACUGUGUUGAACCACCUUUUGUUCAAAGCAAUCAAUGCGUUCAGCAGAUCCCAUUCAGCUGUGAUUCAUUUGAUGCGGCAAUUGCAGCACAUAUCUCAAGGCAUCAAAGCAAAAUGGGAUUUGUUUCCUCAGUGGCAUCCCAUACAUCUUCCAUCUGGGAUGGUGAAGAAACAUGUGAUGCCUUCGCUUUUCAAAAGAAUCAUUCUCUCCAUAAGGAUGCUGCUACUCCAUUUUCUGUUGCUUCUCCGGUCGCCAAACAGAUGGAGAGAACAAGCUCCAUCGCCUCUGGUGCCUUUCUUGAGGAGCUACCUGAUAUUGAGGGGCCUGUGGAUUAUCCUACUGGUGGAGACCCUUUGGAUGAAUGCCCGUCUGAUUCGCAAGUCGUGGACAAUCAAGCAAAGGAUUUCAACGGGUUAACAGAUAUCUAUUGGCCUGACUCGUUAGGGCUAUUAGAUCUGGAUUUACCAUCCUCCAAAUACCACACUGAAGAUUUGAUUUUAGGUGAUAGCCUUGGUGGUUUGAACCAUCUGAUAGCCAGCAGCUUGGAUGCAUUUCAAAGUUGCUCCUUUUUUGGGCUGAACAAGAAAGAUUCGACUUCAACAGUAGAAGCUCGAGAAACUACCUCAUUUUCAGAUUUUAAAAUCAGCGGCAGGAUUUGA